CUAUACAUAUGAAGUAGGCAGGCAUACAAGUUAAAAUUGAUCAGAUUUGUGAACUGGAAGACCAUGCCUUCACCACACCCCUGUGUGACCUCAUGCCCCUACCUGAUGCCUUUGCCACGCCCUUGUGUGGCCUCAUUCCCCUACCUGGCCACACCUGGGUGCCCACCAGCCAAUCAGGUUAAUUAACCAUUCCCCUUUGGAAGUGGGUUAAAAGCCAGGCCACGAUGUGGCCCGGCUGGCUCUUCUUCCCUGGCCUCUUGCCAGGACAGGGAUUGCUAUAGCCCGGUGCCUCCAGGGCACAUGGCCUUCGGGCCAUGUGCUCUAGGCUUCCUGGCCUAGAUGCUCUUCCACGUGGCUGGUUCCUGGUGCUUGAUAUGAACCCCUAUUCACCUCUCUCUGUUAAAUAAAACUCUCACUCUCCUAUGCAUCUUUCUCACUAAAUAAAAGCUUAAAAUGUACCAUGCUGCCUAGUUUAUCUGUGCCGUUAUUUAGAAUUCUUCUCUAAAUUUUAGGCAAGAACCCUCUUGGGCUUAUUAAUAUCUGGAAUUUAGUAAUAAGCCUGUGGUGAAAUCAUAUGGCACUCCAAAUUCCAGUAGCACAUGUGGUACCCGGGAUAGCAUUUCUAGGGAACUUCAAGGGGCCACAUUUCAGUGGAAAUCUUAGGGGGUCUUCUCCAAUUUCACAUAUGGGUUAGGAAAUAUUAUACUGAAACUUGUAAAUUGUCUGAUGGCUUUUUGACUGAAUCAGUCACGAAAGAAGGGAAGAAGCUAAGAGGAAGGGGAAGAAGGAAGAGAAGAGAGUUUGAAGAUGAAGAUGACAGACUUUGGGGACAUUUUGAUGAGUGAUGAUGAAAGUGGUUCAUCCACUUUUUUGUAUGUAGAUAGCAGGUUUUCUGAUACUUAAAGGGAAGAAAUGAAGGCAAAAAUUUUGAAUGACAAAAUGAUCUUUAAACGAAAGGGUAUGUGACAUUCUAAAGCCCACAGGGUAAUGUUUUCACUUAGAACUAAAAAAUAAUAAUAAAGAAAGAAAGAAAGAAAUGAGCACUUUGAUUGAAACAUGAAUUCUGUCCCUUUGGCUAAAUCACAGCUAAGACUCUAGGACCCUUAUUUAAAUUCCAGCUCAUGCUGAAUAGAACUGUACAGAGUUUAGCUAGUUUGAAAAAUUAGGAAUGAGGCCCAUUUGACAUUUUAUGCAUAUAUUUUCUUUAUCUCAUUAUUCCUUCCUCCCCCCCCCCCCAACUUCACCCACUCCAAGUGCAUUUUCUUGAGUACGGAGCAUAAUUCCCAUUCAUUUGCUUUGCUUCUUAAGAGCUGUCUUCUCUUCCAGUCCUGGGUAGCUCCGCCCCUUCUCACAGACCAAAGUAAAUCUGCACAAUAAUGAACCAUAUAAGGAAGGAAUGACAUCAUCAGUUAGUGGUCCCAAGCUGUUUUGCACAACAUUCACCUUUCAUUGUUCUGAUGACAGGGCUGGAAUGUGACGGUUAAUUCCCUGUGGAGUAGGGGGCUGAGCAGGGCCUGCCGCUGUUGAACAAACUUCAGUACCCCCUUAGCAAAAACAAAAACAAAAGCAAAAGCUACUAUGCUUCCUAGUAUUAAGGUUGAAAAAGCUUCUCGAACAAGAAAAGGCUUAUCAAGCCCGGAAAGAAAAGGAAAAUGUUAAGCGGCUCAAUAAACUAAGAGAUGAGCUUGUCAAACUCAAAUCCUUUGCACUCAUGCUGGUGGAUGAAAGACAAAUGCAUAUUGAGCAACUUGGCUUGCAAAGCCAGAAAGUACAGGAUCUUACUCAGAAACUAAGGGAAGAAGAAGAAAAGCUCAAAGCCAUUACCUCUAAAUCCAAAGAAGACAGACAGAAAUUACUCAAGUUAGAAGUGGACUUUGAGCACAAGGCUUCCAGGUUUUCUCAGGAACAUGAAGAGAUGAAUGCUAAAUUGGCUAAUCAAGAAUCCCACAACAGGCAACUUAGACUCAAGCUGGUUGGCUUAACUCAAAGAAUCGAAGAGCUAGAAGAAACCAACAAGAAUCUUCAAAAGGCAGAGGAGGAACUUCAAGAAUUAAGAGAUAAAAUUGCCAAAGGAGAAUGUGGAAAUUCCAGCCUCAUGGCCGAAGUGGAGAAUCUCCGAAAGCGUGUGCUUGAAAUGGAGGGCAAAGAUGAGGAGAUCACGAAAACUGAAUCCCAGUGCAGGGAACUGAGGAAGAAGCUGCAAGAGGAAGAACACCAUAGUAAGGAGCUCAAACUUGAAGUUGAGAAGUUACAGAAGAGAAUGUCUGAGCUGGAGAAAUUGGAAGAGGCAUUUAGCAAGAGUAAAUCUGAAUGCACUCAACUGCAUUUAAACCUGGAGAAAGAAAAGAACUUAACCAAAGACCUGCUAAAUGAAUUGGAGGUGGUCAAGAGUCGAGUAAAAGAACUUGAAUGUUCUGAAAGUAGAUUGGAAAAAGCUGAAUUAAGCCUAAAAGAUGAUCUUACGAAGUUGAAGUCAUUUACUGUGAUGCUAGUUGAUGAAAGGAAAAAUAUGAUGGAAAAAAUAAAACAGGAGGAGAGAAAAGUGGAUGGGCUGAAUAAGAAUUUUAAGGUGGAACAAGGAAAGGUUAUGGAUGUCACUGAAAAACUGAUCGAAGAAAGUAAGAAGCUGUUGAAACUGAAAUCCGAAAUGGAGGAAAAGGUAUACCAUCUGACAAAAGAGAGAGAUGAAUUGAUGGGAAAGCUGAAAAGCGAAGAAGAAAAGUCUUCUGAAUUAAGCUGCAGUGUCGACUUAUUGAAGAAGAGACUGGAUGGUAUCGAGGAAGUGGAAAGAGAAAUCACAAGAGGGAGAUCUCGAAAGGGACCCGAACUCACCUGCCCGGAAGAUAACAAGAUUAAAGAAUUAACACUUGAGAUUGAGAGGCUGAAGAAACGCCUCCAACAGCUGGAGGUGGUGGAAGGGGAUCUGAUGAAGACUGAGGAUGAGUAUGAUCAGCUGGAGCAGAAAUUUAGAACUGAGCAAGAUAAGGCUAACUUCCUCUCCCAGCAGCUAGAGGAGAUCAAGCACCAAAUCGCCAAGAACAAAGCAAUAGAGAAAGGUGAAGUGGUGAGUCAGGAAGCUGAGCUGAGACACAGAUUUCGACUGGAAGAAGCCAAAAGUCGAGACUUAAAAGCCGAAGUCCAAGCUCUGAAAGAAAAGAUUCACGAGUUAAUGAACAAAGAAGAUCAGCUUUCUCAGCUCCAAGUAGAUUAUUCGGUCCUUCAACAACGAUUUAUGGAAGAAGAAAAUAAAAACAAAAGCAUGGGCCAGGAAGUCCUUAGUCUGACCAAAGAGUUGGAGCUUUCCAAGCGCUACAGCCGAGCUCUCAGACCCAGCAUGAAUGGGAGGAGAAUGGUGGAUGUCCCCGUGACGUCGACAGGAGUACAAACGGACACGGUCAGCAGCGAUGCGGCGGAGGAGGAAACGCCUGCGGUGUUCAUACGGAAAUCCUUUCAAGAAGAAAAUCACAUCAUGAGUAAUCUUCGACAGGUGGGAUUGAAAAAGCCGAUGGAACGCUCCUCUGUUCUAGACCGGUACCCUCCAGCCGCAAAUGAGCUCACCAUGAGAAAGUCAUGGAUUCCAUGGAUGAGAAAACGGGAGAACGGCCCCCCAGUCAUGCAGGAGAAAGGGCCCCGCACAAAUUCCAGCCCAGGGCACCCAGGAGAGCUAGUCCUUUCGCCAAAGCAGGGCCAGCCCCUGCAUAUCCGGGUGACUCCGGACCACGAGAACAGCACUGCCACUCUGGAGAUAACAAGCCCCACAUCUGAAGAGUUUUUUUCUAGUACCACUGUCAUUCCCACCUUAGGGAAUCAGAAACCAAGGAUAACUAUUAUUCCAUCUCCAAAUGUUAUGUCCUCAAAACCAAAAAGUGGAGAUACUAGUCUUGGCACAGAACGAGCCAUGUCCCCAGUCACAAUUACUACAUUUUCCAGAGAGAAGACCCCGGAAGGUGGAAGAGGCACAUUUUCAGACCGGCCCACGUCACCCAUUCAGAUAAUGACGGUGUCCACAUCGGCAGCACCAGCUGAGAUGGCAGUUCCACCCGAAUCCCAGGAAGUGCCCAUGGGAAGGACUAUCCUCAAAGUCACCCCAGAAAAACAGACUGUCCCAACUCCAGUGCGGAAAUACAACUCCAAUGCCAACAUUAUAACCACGGAAGACAAUAAAAUUCACAUUCACUUAGGGUCUCAAUUUAAACGAUCUCCUGCAACUCCCUCUGAAGGAGUCAGUCCGGUGAUAACUGUCCGACCACUCAACGUGGCAGCUGAAAAGGAGGUUUCCACCGGCACCGUCCUUCGCUCUCCCAGGAAUCAUCUCUCUUCGAGACCUGGUGCGAGCAAAGUGACAAGCACCAUCACCAUAACACCAGUCACGACCUCAUCCACUCGAGGAACCCAGUCAGUGUCUGGACAAGAUGGGUCAUCCCAGCGGCCUACACCCACCCGCAUUCCCAUGUCAAAAGGUAUGAAAGCAGGAAAGCCAGUAGUGGCUGCCCCAGGAGCAGGAAAUCUGACCAAAUUCGAGCCUCGAGCUGAGACUCAGUCUAUGAAAAUAGAGCUGAAGAAAUCUGCAGCCAGCAGCGCUACCUCUCUUGGAGGGGGGAAGGGCUGAGGGCAGUGGCUCAGGGGGUAUGUUGUGCCCAUGCUAGUGCUGCUGUGAAAAAAACCCUUCGUCUGUUUGUGCCAACUCUUUACAUGUGCUAAUUUAAGUUUUAAAUACUUUGUUUAUAAAGUAACCAACUAAUAGCCAUGUGCCCUUCCUAUUUUAUGCAUUUGUUUUGAUGCUAGGGAACAGAACUAAUGAUUAGCACAACUACUGUUUGCUGUGUGGUUUGUUGAGGAUGCUGGGUCUCAGUGGGGCCUGACUUGUAGCCCCGGUUUUGCUUCUAACAGGUAGACCCCUCAGUGAACCCAUCUGAGCCUCAGGUUCUUCAUCAGUAGGUUGAGGGGGCUGGAUCACAUGUUCUUCAAAGCUGGCUCUCAUAUUUCCUAACUGUAAGCCAAAUUUACUAAGACUUUGUUCCACACUAAUGUUUUAUUUUUAAAAAUUUUAUUAUGGAAUAGGACAUAGUUUAACAAUUGUGAUUUGCCACUGUCAAAUCCUGAAUUUGACUUAUGUGCUGGAAAAAUACUCCUCAUAGUUAUUACAGGGCCUGGGUCUCUAAACUUUUGCAAAAACAAAAGCCUUUAAUAUGAUUUCAUAUUGAAUGUGAAAUAAAAUUGAAAUGAAAUAUGGAAUACCAAAAACAGAGUUUUACUUAUUUGUAUGUGUUUGUCUGUAUUGUAGCACCUCCAAAAUAUUCCCAGAGUUUCAGAGACCAUAAUUUUAGAACCAUUAAUGUCAGACUCAAGCUCCUUUCACAUGUACAAUUCAUUUAAAUUGUGGGGCAGUCUGAAUAGAGCUUGCAAGUGGCCCUUUGUAGCUUAGCAGAUUGUGAUGGAUAGAGAGUAGCAGAAAGUAAAUUCUGAUACAUUCAUGCCCAGAAAAAAAAUUACAUCAAGCACAACUUAAUUGAGUUCGAAUUUUUUCAGUUACGUGUUGACCUGCAAAUAUAAAACCAGUUCAUGAUUUGGGGUGUGUGUAGUGUGUAUGUGUGUGUGUUAUAGUGAAUCCUGAUUGAACAACUUUCUUUAAUUUUAAGCAUGCAUUAAUAAGCAUGGGAUAGUGUGAAUGCCAAACACCAAGUGUAUUUGUGAUAGUAACCUUGUUAAGGUGGACAUUGCGCUUCAUAGUCACAUGACCACAAAUGAGCUCAAGGCUCCUAACCCACAGCUUAGCAUACCAAGGUCUCAUAUAGGCCACACCUUUGCCAAAAUGUUUGUGCCAACUGGGUGAGCUUUAUGAAGAUACAACAACUAUGAAGUUAGAAAUUUUCAUUUUUCCAUUUCUGAAUUGUUAGGGUUUCAAAAUGAUAUGAACACCAUCUGCUCUUGACAUUUGGGAAAUGACAGAUUUAAGAAAAAAGAUGUGAUUAGUUUUUAGCAUACAAAUCAACUUGUUUCAUGAUAAAGAAAUUCUUCUCUGUGUUCUUUUAGAUACCAGAUUUCCUACCCUUUGUAGAACUUGGAACUGAAUUAUGUAUAGUGGUGGUAGAUGCAGUUGCCUCAUAAAAUUCACAUCCGUUUUAAUCAAAUCUCUGUUGCCUACUGCUCAUCAGGUUACUAAAAGAUAUUAAGUAACCAUAUUAAAGCCAUGGUGUAUUAAUGCAACCUUAGGAUGAGAGAGAGAGAGAGAGAGAGAGAGAGAGAGAGAGAGAGAGAGAGACUGUUUAUGAAAUAUAAUUGGACAGGUUUAAACAAGAAAGUUUGCCAUUUAGAACACUGACUUUUAUUUUUUUAAAAGGAGAUUUUUCUCCCAUUUCAUCAAGGGGGCAUCCAAUCCUUUCCAAAACGAGGAUCUUCCCUGUUUUUACUAAUACCUUCCUGGCAUUGAUGAAGUAUUUAGUGUUACCAUAUCAUAACCUACUGUAUUUGUGUAAACAAGGGUGUCAAAAGAACCAAAGUGCAUUCCUUCUGACUUCUGCCGUUCUUCACUGACUGUUACCAUGAUCUUACUGUCACUUGCUGUAGUUUGUGCCUUUACCUGUUCACACUGUGCUUAUGUCGUUUCCUCCUGGAAGUCCAUUCCAUCUGCAGGGAGAGUGCUCCAAAAGCCUGGAGAGUACAUGAACAGGAUGUUUAUACAUCUUGAUCUUGGAACAGAGCCAUUUAUAAAGUACAACUCCUAUGAAAACUUGGCAGAAGCACACAUGGUCACUUUUCAGAAAGGAUAAAAAGCAACCACCAGGGAAUUUUUCUUUGUAAUUUUAGAAUAAACUCUAUCUUUAUUGGAUAUCCUUGUUUUAAAACACAUAUUUAGAAAUGAAAUCCCCUAGGGAUAGGAGGUGGAGGAUUAAAUACACACCAACUACAGCUUUCAUUUGUGAAUAUAACGUUUUUAAGAUGCAAUUUAAUUUUUUUUGUAGGAGUAAAUGCAACUGAAAGUUUAAAAUCUUUUCUUUGUUCUAAGAAAUCUUAUGUAGUAAAAUAAAAGGUGUCUCACCAUGACUGAUGUGUACAGCUGCUGCUCAGGUCCAUCAUGAAGACCUCCAGCGGGAGGUGGGGCUGGUGGGUUGGGAGGUGUUUGCCAUUCCUACUGACUUCAAUAUGACGGCGCAUUUAGGGACUGUCAGGGCACAAUCUCCAGGGAGCAGAUCUGGUUUUUCCCACUGGAGGAUAGUUUUUUCUUCAUUUUAUAAUUUUUUUAUUUGAAAAGAGCGAGCGAGUGAGCAAGAGAGAGAGCACUCCUGUUCCCUUGUUGACUCCCCAAAUCCCUGCAACAGCUGUGACUGGUCUUGGCUGAAACCAUAAGCCAAGAACUCAAUCCAGGUCUCCCACAUGGAUGGCAGGGGUCCAGUUAGUUGAGCCAUCACUCUUACCUCCCAAGAUCUGGAUUAGCAGGAGACUGGACGCGAGAAUCAGAGCUGGGCAUCAAACCCAGGUACCUUGAUAAGGGAUACAGGCAUCCCAACCAGCAUCUUAAUUGCUAGACCAAAUACCCACCUCUGAGAAUAAUUUAACUAUGUUGAAUAUUUCAUCACAUUUGUGAUGGUGGCCACCACACAUGCAUGGUUCCAGAAAUGUCCUAAUAGGAGAUACAACCCACAGAGUGGCCAUCAUUCCUUGAAAAUGUGAUUCCAUAUCUAGGUCAUCAGCUUAAACAGGAUCACUCAGUUUCCACUGGUGUUUCCAUUACGUUUCCAGUGGGGACUGGUUAAAGGGUAGCAACUGGGCUCUCUCUGGAGGUUGUGGUGUAUUCAUUGAAGGUAUAACCAUUUCAGGGAAAUGAAAACAUGGCCAGGAACGUAAGCUGUAAAAAAGAUUUGAACUCCUUAUUCCCUUAGAGACUUAGAAUCCUGAGGGAGAAGUACGACUUUCCUAACUGGAAAAACCACAGGGAUAUAGAUAAGAAGACAAGUCUGUUGAAGACUGGAGGGCAGAGGGAGAGGGUGGACAAAGUGAUGAGGAAAUGGGCAUACAGAGGAUUUCCUCAUAAAUAGGAAUGUACUCGUGAAAUUCCAAAAUUUCCCCAACCCAUAUAAAGCUUAGUGUUUCCUGUCCUCCAGGGUCUCAUUGGUUAUCUUUCUUCAUUGUUGUUUCAAUUCCUUCUUUUUACCUGCUGGUUACACAAAGGAUGUAAAUAUGCUCUGGCCUCUUCCAUUUUAUCAGAAUUCUUCCUUCCCCUAUAGCUGCCGCCCCGACUCCAUCCAACUGAAGUAAGCUAACAUUCAACAUUUUCUACCUCCACUAUCAUGCUUCAUAGCUAUUCUCUUUAUUAAAGGAAUUCAUUUACAAAGGUAAAACAUCAGCCAGUGCUAAAAGACAACCCUGACCCCCUCAAGUUUUCCCCCGGGGAAAAUCAUUUCCAAUGCCUAGCUGGCAUUUAUGUCUGUAUUUCUAAAUAACAUGCUUUACUGUGACUUUUUUGUUUCUAAAUUUUAGCUAUCUUUUGUCUCUUUCUACUAUCAUCUGAUGAUCAAAGAUUUAAUCCUCUCACUGGUUCCCUCUUCCUUUUUCCCUAUCCUCGCAAUAUGAUUGCAUCAUAAAUGUUUUGAUAAAUCAGCAGCCAGUAUUUGUAUGCUUAUAUAUUUAUACAUUUAUAGUGUAAGUGCUGUUCCCUGCUGAGCCAAGUAGUAUACUAUGAUUAUGCUCUCUUACCACUUUCCCCCCUUCAAAAGAAUAAUUGCUUUAAUUUUUUUAUCUACUUGGUUUUCUAUGUAUCUAUCUUUAUUUUUUCCAAAUGCUCCAUUAGUUCUGCCAAACACUAUCAGUAAUUUUUCCAAGCACUUAAACACAUCAGUUUCAUAUUUUCCCCUUGGAGCCCUUCCUAGCUCAGCCCUCUUCUUCCCUCCUCAGUCUGGACUGGUUGGCUGCUGGGCGUGCUGCACAGCUGUUGUCCUUUUGCCUUUGUGGAAUCCUCUGUUCCUGACUCCUUGUCUUCUACUUCUUUCUCCUCUCCAUCUGUCUCUCUGUUUUGCUGUGCACCUACCAGUAGUUUCUGUAGAUAAAAUCCCCCAGCACCCUCCCUGACAUAGGUCAGGGGAGAUAAUUUCAUAGUCCAGUGUGUGAACUUUUCACUCCCCUCCAUUCUUUCUAUGCCGCCCAUCCUUGUGCUCAGGUCCAGAACUUCUUAAGUCAGCAUUUCCAGAAACUAAACCUCUGGUCUUUGUUAAGGGUAAGAGCAGAGUUAGGCUAUGCUCUUCUCCCUCCCUGACCAAGACAUCUCAGCUCCCUUGCAUUUCCUUUUACCUGUCUGGCUAUUCUGCCUCCCUUGCUGGUUCCUUGUUUUUUGCAUAUUGCAUACCUAGUAAGGAUUGAUUUCCCCAUAUCAUUGUCAAAAACCAUUUUCCUAAUUUCCAGGCUUUCUCCAGCCAUCUGAUAUCCUCCCAUGACUUAAUUUUUCACUCAUAUGCUAACUCCCAGACCUCCAUCUCCAGCUUUGUGUCUAACUUUGCACUGUGUAUCUCCAACUCAGUUGGUGUAAAAACCAUUCUCAAAGCCUCCCAUCCCUCUUCCAACUCUCCUCCUUCUCAUGUUUCUCCCCUUCAGCAGGGAUAUCCUGAUCCACCCAGUCACUCAAGCUGGAACCCUCCCUCAGUCCUCAAGUAGCUUCUAAUUCUGGCCCCUUAACCUCUUCUGUCAGUCAAACCUCUCCAUUACUUCCACCAUCCUCAACUUGAGCUUUUCAUGAUGUCUCUUGUGAAUUAUUCUGAUAACCUUCUAACUGGUGUCAUUAGUCUCCAGCCUCAAAACUCUCGGAUCUGUUUUUCAUUUUGUUUUCCACAGUGCAAGAUGAUCAUGUCACUCAAUAUUUGGAAACCCUCCAAAUGUUCCUCCUUUACCUGCAGAGUACAAUGCCAACUCCUUGGUGUGGCAUGUAAGGCUGCCUGUGAUUGGGUUCUCCCUCUCUCUUGUUUCCUGAGCACAUUUGGCAUUCCCAUGGCUGGACCCCUGUCUUCCAAGCUUAGAGAACUGCUUGUUACAUGCCAGGCCCUGCCAUCCUUCCUUGACUUGCUCAGUUUGCUCCUUCUGCCUGAAUUGCCCUUUCUCUUUUGGUUGUGCCUUUCUUUCUUCAGCAUCUCUUUUACAAACAUUGCCUCCUCUAGGAGGAAAGCUGUUAUUUCAGAAUCUAUCAUAGGCUUUGCAAGGCUAAAAAACCUUGCCAUUCACUCUAGAGAAACAAAACUAGCAGGUGAAGAAAGGCAAGGAAGUAGGGCAAGAAAGAGGUACUCUCAAUUCCUCCCCUGGUCUGCAAUGCAAAAAGUCAUGGAGGGAACCAGCAAGUCAUGUAUGAGACCAUGGUGGGAAGAGAUGGUGGAAUUGGAAGAGAGCCAGGUAGUUCCAUUCUGGAUGCGUAAGUUAUUUCUGCUUUCCUCCAAAGGCACAGUGGCAGGUAAUGGAUGCAGAAUAGCCAGGAGUCCUGGACUGGGGGGUUCUUGCCUCUGAAGCCACCACACUGUGAAGAACAAAGGCGAUGUGAGCACUUUCUUCUGUGACAUAAAUACACCCUGCAUAAGUCACAAACAGCUAUCCCUUGUGGUGCUUCUAAUUCCCCAAGAGAAAGUUUCAGAGAUUGUCAUGCUCCUCAGGUUCACGAAAGACCCUCCACAGUAGCACAGAAGCACUCAUUUAAAAGGACUGAACACCACCACCACCAAGUAGGAUCUGGAAUUUGGAUAGAUAUCAAGGUGACCAUUCAGAGAAGGAGGUUACUGAACAAUGGAGUAGAUACCUGAGAGCACUGAAAGCCAGGAGACGGGACUGGAAUGACACUCUCGUCUGCCACCAAGAGGCUGUAUUACCUUUGGCAAAUGACUUUACCUUAGCUAUAAGCUUUUAUGAUUCUGGUAUUCCUUCUUAGUCAUGGUAUCAUAGGCUUCCCCAUGACUUAGCAAGCAACUUCUAGGAUCCUGCUACAAUGCUUUUCCUAAGAAUGAAUGAUUAAUUGCUGAUUUGGUAAAAGCACUUUUAGCCUCUCUACUUGCGCUAAUAUAUUGAGUAUGUGUGAUGGACAGAAUUACAAAAUCACAGAGCUGAUUAGAGCUGAACCAGACCUCAGAGGAUAAUUCUCUCUGUUAUUAAAAAACAACAGCAGCAAUGACAAAAACACAAAAGCAAAAAAUAAUUUAAAAAAGUAAAUUCCCAAGGGUUAGAAAUAUCUAACCAUAUUUUUAAUGAUGAAGCCAGAAUCAAAAAUCAAAAUCAAAGGCCAGAAUCUAAAAUCAGUUCUUGUUUCUCUUAGUGCAUUAUUCAUUAUUUUAUAUGAUGAAAUUACUUCAUAGGAACAAAGUAUAGAUUUAUUUAAAUGUAUAUUUAUAGGUAGACUGAAACACCCACACCCAUUAGACCAAAAUAAUAUUGUCAAAUGUUUUUAAGAUACUGAGAUAUCUAUAUAGAAACUAUAUGUGUGGGGCCAGCACUGUGGCUUGGCAGGUAAAGCUGCCACCUGCAGUGCCUGCAUCCCACAUGGGUGCCAGUUCAAGUCCUGGCUGCUCUACUUCUGAUCCAGCUCUCUGCUAUGGCCUGGGAAAGCAGUAGAAGAUGGCCCAAGUUGUUGGACCCCUGCGCCCAUGUAGGAGACCCAGAAGAAACUCCUGGCUCCUGGCUUCAGAUGGGCCUAGCUCUGGCCAUUGUGGCCAUCUGGAGAGUGAACCAGCGGUUGGAAGACCUGUCUCUCUCUGCCUCUACAUCUCUGUAACUCUGCCUUUCGGAUAAAUAAAUAAAUCUUUAAAAAAUACAGACAGGAGAUACUUUAAAAAGAAGAAACUAUAUAUGUAAAAGUUCUUAUAGUAGUGUUUGAUGACAAUUUUCACACACAAUGUUAUUUUCCAUGCUGUUUUUUUUAAAGAUUUAUUUAUUUAUUUAUUUGAAAGUCAGAAUUACACAGAGAGAGAAGGAAAGGCAGAAAAGAGACAGAGAUUUAUUUAUUUUAAAGAGUUACACAGAGAGAAAAGGAGAGGCAGAAAAGAGAGAGAAAGAGAGGUCUUCCACCUGCUAGUUCACUCCCCAAAUGGCUGCAACAGCUGGUGGUGCGCCAAUAUGAGCCCAGGAGCCAGGAGCCAGGAGCCAGGAGCUUCUUCCGGGUCUCACACAUGGGUGCAGGGGCCCAAGGACUUGGGCCAUUCUCCACUACUUUCCCAGGCCAUAGCAGAGAGCUGGAUCAGAAGUGGAGCAGCCAUGCCUCGAACCGGUGCCCAUAUGGGAUGCUGGCCCUGCAGGCGGCCGCUUUACCCGCUACGCCACAGCGCUGGCCCCUUUCAUGCUAUUUUAUGACCACCCAUAGACUUCACACAAUUUAGGCAUUUAAUUUCUGCAUCUAAAAGAGUAGAAACUGUGUGAGCUUGGCUCAAAUAUUUACCUAGUUUCCCAAUAUUAAGUUUUCAUUUAUAGUGAGUGUUACACAUGGGGAAACUAUUUCAAAUUUGCUUUUAUCUGGGAAACAUCAUGCUGGAGAUAAGGACUGGCCUCCCAGAAAAAGAAGGUAUCAGUCAUUUCUGUGAUUAUUGUUAACUCCUGCAAACUGGGGGAGUUAAGAGAUGAUCUGGGCUCAUGGAAGAGUGGGAAAUGUUUUGGAAGGAAGCAAAUAAACUAUUAGGUCAUUGAGAAAGCCCAAGAGAAUUUAUAUCCUCUGGUUCAAAAGUUUUCUAGGGCAAAUGACAGAACUGAUUAGCGGAAGUAUUUUUAAUUAGCUGAGCUGAAUCCAAAAGAAGAAAUCCAAGUCCAAGUCAACAGGGGAAGUUUAUUGAACUUCCUAUUUAAAACAGAUGUUUUGUCAGAACGCUGAUUAAUUUCUGAAUGUGAUAAUCACACAAGUGAACCUAAAGCAGUUUAUGAAAAUGAGACACUUGAAAAUAAGUAGUGUUGAGAUACUCCUACUUCCAAAAGGCAUAGAGAAUGUGGGACCUUUUUUUGGCAGGUGGAUGAUUACCCUGAAGGCAGUAGGUUCUAAGCUGAGGUUUGGUGGCUGGUGGAGAGGAAGAGCAUCAUAUCCUUGAGCUGCAAUCAUGCCUUCUAGACAUAGCCCCUGUUAGGAAGGGAGCCACAGAACAGAGUGAGGCAAAAUCCAGGAGGAAAUGUUUUCUGUGACUUGGAUGAAGCAGCCCUCCUGCACUGAGGAGAAGUCCUGCUGUAAGUUGAACUUCCGCUGUUUUUUGUCUUAAAGUGACUUGGUCUCAUUUAGUAAAGCAGACUUUUAAAAUUCAGAGCUCCAGUGUCCCUUUGCAGAGAGUUGAGCAGAGUGUAAAAACGUGCAGUGCCCGGGAGGGUCUGACUUUCUGAAGUACCUCUCUUCCACUUCACAGACAAGGAGCUCUCCUGGGGAGAAACAAUUCUGAUUCGCCUCAAGCACUCAAGAGAUAGUCUCCCCAAAUUUCUCUCCAAAUUCUGUUUCUUACAUGCAGCUUUGGAGCUAAAUCUACUGUCUGGCCAGGGGUUUUGGGAUACUAGCCAGCAAAGAUCAAGGCUUACUGUGGUAGGAAGUCAAGUAUAAUUAGGAAUUUGAUAACAUAUUGAACUUCUGCUUCAUGGAUGUUAUCUAAAAGCUGACAUAAUAAAAGAAUGAAUUAUUAAGCAUCAUCAUUUCAUGAUAAUAUCAUAACAAAUUAGGUAUUUUAAUGUGUUAUCUGAAGUUUUAUAAGGAGAAACCAUCAACAUAAUAUUAAAGAAAUACAUAAGGGGAAAAAGUCUGUAAAUGCAUUUUGAAAAUUUUAAAAAUUAUUUAUUUUUUAAAGAUUUAUUUAUUUGAAAGGUAGAGUUACAGAGAGAGAGAGACAGACAGAGAGACAGAGACAGAGAGAAAUCUUCCAUCAGCUGGUUCAAUCUCCAAAUGACUGCAAUGACUAGGGCUGGGCCAAGCCAAUGCCAGGAGACAGGAACUUCUUAUGGGUCUCCCAUGUGGGUGCAAGCAUUUGGGCCAUCCUCUGCUGCUUUCCCAGGCCAUUAGCAGGGAACUGAAUUGGAAUUAGAGCAGACUGGUGUCCAUAUGGGAUGCUGGCCCUGCAAGCUGUGGCUUAACCUGCUGUGACACAGUGCCAGGCCCAGGAAAAUUUUUCUUAAAUGUAUUUAUUUGAGAGGGAAGGAAGGAGGGAGGGAGAAAGAGAGAAAGAGAGAGAGAGAGGAGAGAGAGAGAGAAAAAGAGAGAGAAAGGAGGGGAUCCUCUGCUGGCUCAUUGCUUAAAUACCCACAACAACCAGGGCUGAGGCAGGCUAAAGACAGGAAUUGGUAACUCAGUCUGGGUCUCCCAUGUGAAUGAUAGGAACCCAACUACUUGAGUCAUCAUCUACUGCCUCCCAGGGUGCCCAUUAGCAGGAGCUAAAAUAGGGAGUGGCACCAGUGUAUCAACAUGGGCACUGUGGAAGGGAUGUCUGUCCGAACUGGCAUGCUAACUGUUCUGUCAAACACCUGUCCUACAUUUCUGUAAAUUGUUAAUGUCAAAAGUAUAUAAAAAUCUAGUGUCCCUCAUGUGUAUAUGCUGAUGAAAAUUUAGGGUUUUUUUUCCCUUCCAAUUAUCUUAAUAAAUGUCUGCAUAUCAAAGGGCCCUAAAUUUAAGUGCUUUUUUUGCUAAUAGAUACAAUGAACUAUGAUCUUUGUUCCCAAUCUGCCUAUUAAAAGCUGUAUAAAUUACUAGAAAGAGAAAAGUUACUAGCUGUAUCUGAUUUUAUCAUGGUCAUUGUAAAGGCUCCAAAUCAGCUAUGCUUAGUCUCAUUCUGGGAUGAAAUGGAGACAGAGUAGGAGAUGGAAUGAAAUUUGCUCACUGCCUUUGUAACUUCAAUGAAAUGUAAACAUUAUUUUAUUGUACUAAAUUGUAAAGAGACAGGAAGAGACUUGGGAGUUCUGCCCUCCUCCAUUUCUAUGCAUGAAUAUAAUAGUGUUAUCUCUUAAGUAUUAAUUUUUGUUCCUGGCGUUUAUGAAUUACAUAUGUAUCAGAUAGUUUUGCUGUUAAUGAGUUAUUUCAAAAUGUAAUGGUAUAAAACAACACAUAUUUCUCACAAUUUUGUGUAUUGGCUGGAUGAUUCUUAUUUGAGUAUUCUCAGCUGAGAUUAGUGAAAAACUUAGACUAUAUGCAACUAAAAUUUAAUAAAUCUGUUUAAUAAGUUUCAAUGAAAACACUACCGUGUAGAUUUUGUCUGUAGAAAUUAUAUGUCUCCAUAUGUAUAAAAUGGGCUUACUUGUAUUCUUUUAAAUGAAGUUCAUCUAUAUAAAUAUUAAAAUACCAUCUUUUAUUGAUAGAAUUUAUUUAGAAUAAAUUUAUUUGGCAUUAUCAAAUAUUUGUGAGACAGUCUAGUUAAUAAAGUAUGUAUAUAUGUACACACAUAUAUACCAUUUAUGGAUUGCUAGUUUGCUAAUUGAAACAUUAGUAAUUGAAAGUAAUAUUCCAUUGCAAGCAACACUCUGUGGCAGACUGUCAAAACCAUCUGACACAAUUUGAGCUUCCUAUAGCAAGGAAGUCUAAACUGCUCCAGAAAUCUCUCUUCUGUUACACAAGCCAUUAUAUUAUACUUAAGCAGUGUUCAACAACAACAAAACAAAAUAAUAUUUCAGCCAAGAUAUUGUUUCUUCUAUGUACAAAUACUCAAAUUUUUACCAAAUACUAAUUGUAAAAAACUAUUACCAGGGGUGGGCAUUUGGUGCUAUGGUUAAGAUACCAAUUAGGGUGUUCAUAUUCCACUGAGAGGCUACGUUUGGGUCAGCUCCACUUCCAGUCCCAACUUCCUGCUAAUGUACACUAUGAGAGACAGUAGAUGAUGGCUCUAGUACUUGAGCUCCUGUUACUCACAUGGGGAGAUUCAGAUAAAGUUCUAGGCUCCUGGCUUCGGCCUGACCCAGCCCUGGCUGUUGCAGGCAUUUGGGAAGUGAACCAGCAGAUGAGAGAUCUGUGUCUGUUGUGUUUCUCUCAGCUUUUCAAAUAAAGAAAAUGUAAUGCUAUCAUCAUAGAGACUGAAAAAUGCUAGGAUUAAGAGCAAGCAAUUCCAGGAAUUAAGAGGUUUAAGCAUUCAACGGGAAAAAAAAGAAGGUGCUGUAGUAACAAGAAAUGUCACACCUGCAAAGGAUGUUGGAGAUGGUUUCUGACGCUCUCAUAUUGUACUGAGGAAACAAAGACACAAGCAUUGACCAGGGCUGACGUCAAGACCACUGCAGCGGGUGAAACUGCUGCCUCUGCUCUGGCACCCUGUGUGGGCCCUAGUUUGUGCCCUGGCUGCUCUGCCUCUGAUCCAGCUCCCUGCUGGUAGAAGGCGGCAGAGGAUGGCGCCUGCACCCAUGUUGGAGACCUGGAGGAAGCUCCUGGUUUCUGGCUUCAAAUCAGCCCAGCUCUCGCCAUUGCAGCCAUUUAGGAAGUGAACCGGUGAAUGGAAGAUCUCAUGCUCUCUUUCGCUCUCAAAAAAAAAAAAAAAAAAAAAAAAAAAAAAAAUUACAUUGACCAUAAGAACAAUUCUGAAUUUUACUCCUUUAGGUUGAUGCUUUCUAUUCUUUCUUAAGAGAAGGAAAUGAAGUACUUAUAUAAUUUAAUUAUUUUAGGAAGAUUUGAGACACAGGUCACAUCAGUUGUUUUGUUUUGUUUUGUUUUGACAGGCAGAGUGGACAGUGAGAGAGAGAGAGAGAGAGACAGAGAGAAAGGUCUUCCUUUGCCAUUGGUUCACCCUCCAAUUGCUGCUGCGGCCGGCGCACCGCACUGAUCCGAUGGCAGGAGCCAGGUACUUAUCCUGGUCCCCCAUGGGGUGCAGGGCCCAAGCACUUGGGCCAUCCUCCACUGCACUCCCGGACAAUAGCAGAGAGCUGGCCUGGAAGAGGGGCAACCGGGACAGAAUCCGGCACCCCGACCGGGACUAGAACCCGCAAGGCGGAGGAUUAGCCUAGUGAGCCGCGGCGCCGGCCCACAUCAGUCUUUAAAACCUAGUUCAGGGCCGGCGCCGUGGCUCAAUAGGCUAAUCCUCCACCUUGCGGCGCCGGCACACCGGGUUCUAGUCCCGGUCGGGGCGCCGGAUUCUGUCCCGGUUGCCCCUCUUCCAGGCCAGCUCUCUGCUAUGGCCAGGGAGUGCAGUGGAGGAUGGCCCAGGUGCUUGGGCCCUGCACCCCAUGGGAGACCAGGAAAAGCACCUGGCUCCUGGCUCCUGCCAUCGGAUCAGCGCGGUGCGCCGGCCGCGGCGGCCAUUGGAGGGUCAACCAACGGCAAAAGGAAGACCUUUCUCUCUGUCUCUGUCUCUCUCUCACUGUCCACUCUGCCUGUCAAAAAAAAAAAAAAAAAAAAAAAAAAAAAAAAAAAACAAAACACCUAGAUCAGAAUUUUAGGUUUUUAAAGAUUUUAUUUACUUUUAUUUAAAAGGUAGAGUUACAGAGACAGGAAGAGACAAAGAGAGAGAGAGAAUUCUAUUUGCUGGUUUACUCCCCAAAAGGCAGCAAUGGCCAGGACUGGCCAGGCUGAAGGCAGGAGCCAGGAGCUUCAUCCAGGCCUCCCACAUGGAUGGCAGGGGUUCAAGUACUUGGGCAAUCUUCUGCUGCUUUCCUAGGUGCAUUAGCAGAGAACUGGUCUAAAAAUGGAGCAGACAGGACUCGAACCAGUGCCUAUAUGAGAUAGUGGUGUCACAGGUGCUGCUUAACCUGCUGUGUCACAGUGCUGGCCCAGCUCAGAAUUUUAGAAAAGAAAAAGUAUUUAAUGGGAAAUAACAUUUUAAUCUCAGACCCUGAUUUUUAACUACAUAACAUUUUAAUUAGUGCUUUUAAUUUUUUGCCAGUAGAUCUUUAUACAUUUUUAGGCAUUUAGAUACUUUGAAACUAGAAUAAUUUUUCAAUGAAAAAAAUCAAUUUCUAAGGGUUUCUGGUAUAAUGAAAAAUAAGUACGUAGGUCUUAAAAACUUUAUAAAAGCCUCAGAAGUAAAUAUUCUAAAGUAUAUUAGACAUUAAUGUAUUCUCUUUUAUUUUGCUUUCAUAUCCAUUUUAUCUCAAAUUCAAGCCGAAAAGCUGAGGGAAGGAGUAGAAACAGCUCUACCUAGUGGCCAUCAUCUGGCAAAGUUCAAGAAAUAAGAAAGCUUUUUCUUUUCCCACAAACGAUCAUUCCCUAUGAAUAAUUAGUGUGAAUCUGUAGAUCUAUGGCAUAAUGUGAUCUGAUUAAUGUUAAUUUAAAUAUUUAUUACACACAUAGAAUUAAAAUGCAGAUAGCAGGCAUUGAAAAUUAAAGUGAAAGGAAUGCUUGGAAAUUUCCUCAGGCUAUUGAUAAAAAACCUUAAUAUAUGUUUCUGCUCUCAAAAUAUUGUCAUAUGUUGACAGGAGGCAAUAAAAUUUUCAUGUGGAGAAACUAUUUGAAGCAUAUUAUUUUCUGUCCUCUGCUCUGUAUGACCUCAGUGAUGGAAAGACUGUCUCAUUCUGCUCACCAGUGUUGUUCCAUCCAAGCAUGGAUGGCCUUAGUAAAUAAUUCUUGAAUGACUGAAUGAAAAAACAUGAGGAUGACAUGUGUUUAUAAAGGCUUAAUAUAAAAGUAACACCAAUAAAAUAAUUUCAUAUAUCAAAUAUCAAUAACAUGGCUGGACUCUUUUGAUUACUAUCUCAAUCUAUUUUGUGCUUGAGAUAGUAAUCAGAACGGUCCAGCCAUGUGCUUUUAUUGGAAUGAAUUUAGAUGUGAAAGCAUAUAGAGUUCUGCAAAAAGAAGCAAUCAGAGACAAAAGUGAGUCAUCUGUAUUUAUUCAGUUCUUAGGAAUAUGUAAUGAAUAUCUCCUUAUUAAAACUCCCAUCUAUGCACUUAAAAAAAAAAAAAGAAAUUCAGGGAGUUCAAACCAGAAAGAAUUUGGCCAGAAUAGGAAGCAUUCUGGUUUCUAGUUUCUCAUUGUUACUGUUCAUAUAUAAAAUAAUCACUACUUUUGUUUUCAAGGAAUGGUCAAAUUGACCUAAUAUUGUUAGAAUACUAGACAUGGCUUCUCAAGGCCUUUCAGAAUUUGAGAUAUAGCAUGUAAGCAACAUGAAGUUGCUUAAGAAUAGUAAAGUAUUCUAGUAGCUACUACCAGGAUCAUGAACCUGCUUUUGUGUAUUUAACAUGUAGUCUUGAGGUGAAAUGAUGUGGUAAAGAUCCUCACAUAAACUAUUGAUCUGAGUUUCAGUUUAAUUGAAAAUACCAUGUCUUUCUUCUCUUUAUAGAAAGCAUCAUCAUUCACCAGUUACGUAUGAACUCCAGAUGAAAUGGUAAACCAAACACAUAUUGGGUGUGUGUACUUCCUCUGAAUCCCUGUUGAAUGGAUAAUAUUUCUACAGUCCUUCAUCAUCACUAAAGUCCUCCAUGCUACUGAUCACGACUGGAAACAUUUGACUACUUCCAGUGAUUUUUUUUUUUGAGGGUAUAAUGUAACAGUUGGAAAUGGCCUUGCUGAUAACAUGAAAAUAUGUAGCAAGAGCAAUUGAAUCUUUGUGCCAAAAGAAAUUUCUCUUUUGCAAAGCUUUCAGGUUCAUGGGCACAUGCUAUGUAAUUUAUUUUUAUAAUACAUUUUGUAAUGUGACUUUUUCCCAGAACUGUUUCCUUUUUCAUAGUCUAUGGCACAUAUAUCUGUGGAAUACACUGUCAGUUCUUCAAAGUAUUGGUAUUGUUGUGUUCAAAAUGGUAACCCAUAAUUCUUUUCAUCAAUUUGUUAUUUUUCAAGAAAAAGUACAACAUAGUAAAACUUAGAAGCAGGAGAUUCUGGUAGAGGUUUUCUUUUCAUUUGUAUAAUACUAUGAUUUUGAUCCUGGUUCAGUACUGACAAAUAAUGCUCUGCCUUAAGAGUGUAAUUUUAAAAGCUAGUUUUUGAAGUUGCUCUGUUUGGUGUUCUGUGCCAAGAACCUUGGAUGAAUUGACUUUCAUAUGGAAUACAUUCAUACAAGGAUAUGUACCAGUUUAACCAAUAAGGGUACAGAACAGUUCUGAUGAAAGAUCAAUUAUAUUUGUUUAUAUUACUUAUAAGACUUACAAUAAGGACUGUGAUACCAGGAUAUUUCUCAUAAUCUAUCCCCAAUGAAAGCUUGAAAAUAAAAACUGAUCUAGAUAAGUUAGCAUCUUUUAAAUAGUAAGAAAUCCUGAGAUAGACAACUUUUUUCUCCUUGUGUUUUAUGGAUUUUCAUAAUCACAUGUAGGUUAGAGAAUAUAAUCUUUAAAGACAAAAAGCACAUGUGUCACUUAAGUUUCCAUGUCAGAGCUGCUGUUGAAUUUAGGUUUAUAUGAGAAUGUACAUGUAAAAUCUACUUGAAACCCUAAUAAUUUAUUUUAAAAAUUAGUUUUUAAAAAUAUGGACAUUUUCAAUCAGGUCUUAAAAGAUAAUUUUAAAGAUAAAUCAAGAUGUGACAAUUCGAGUUCUGAAGGCAGAAAAUCAUCUAUCAGGUAAAUACCAAGAUUAUGGUGAGAAUGCUUAUGAAUGCACAUGGAUAACUAAAAGCCACACGAAUAAUACCAUUGACCCAUUCUUCCAGGUACAGAUUAUGCCGGGCUAAUAAAUCCAAAGGGGGUCCAUGCUGAGUCUCUGGAGUAGAGGAACUAAUGCUGGGUUUCUUCCCCUACAUAACCUUGGAAGAUUUUAAGAUAUACCUCAUGGAAUUGGCAAGUCAUAUUCAACAAGUAUUAUAAAUAAAAUAACUAUUCUUUGUUAAAAACUAUUUUUGAUUUUUUUAAUUAAAAGAAGGGUAGGCUUACCCUAGUUUUAGUGACUGAAAAAGCAUCAUAUAACCUUCCCUGGUUUUGAUUACUAAGAAAACUAGUGUGUGUAUGUGUGAGGAUUUUUCUGUUGUUGUUACUGAGUUUUGUUUCCUGGAAAUGUUGAACUGUAAUGACAUUUUCAAUUAGAAAAAGAUUUUAUUUAGUAUUGUUCUAUUUUUCCUGACUCACAUUUGAGCUCCCUAUUUGCCUCUGAGGCAAAAAUAUUUGGAUGUAUCACAGAUGAGCAGUUUUGAAGCAAACUGCUUUUUCUCAAGCUGUGAGAAUUUUAUUGUACUAAUUGUGAAAAUGCUAGAAGAUAAGAUAUAAAGUUUCUUGAUUUUAACUUAAAACAUUACAAGUAACGUAUGCAUCUUUGGAUCUGAAGUUUUUUAUUCUCCUAAAUUUAUAAUGAAAUUUGGUGCUGCAAGAACAGCUAGGAUGAUGGUGCAGUCAUUUAGAUAGGCACUGAGCUUUCUUCUGCCAUGCUACAGCUAAGGCCUCUGUGUAAACUGAAUGGAAUCUGAGAGGGUAAAAUUUAUCAGAUUAAUUCUGGAAUGAGAGACAAUAUGCAAAAUUAACUGAUAAUCACAAGAACAUGAAUGGACAUAUCAUGCAUAAGCAAAUAAGUUUAUAGUCACAUCUAGAUAUCCACAUCUAAUUGAAAAAAUUGCCUUAACAUGCAACCCUGGUACUAUCCUAUGCUCACAUAAUUUCUCUCUCCCUUUUGUAAAUAAAUCUCCAAUCACUAAUUUGAACUAGAGUCAUUUCUGAAUGGAAUAAUUAUAAAUGCUUUCUGAAAUAUAAUCAGUGUUUCCCAUUCAAGGCACAACACUGAAUUAACUAUUUUAACCUUUUAUUUUUCAUAUGGGAGUGUUUCUUAAGAGUAUCUUCUACAAAGAUUUUUUUCAAGUAUUUCAUAAAGUGUUGGAGUUUGAUGAAGAUAGUGGAUAAAGUCUAUGAACCACAUGUCAAAUGCCUGGAAUGUUCACAAAAUGAGAAGAAUUAACUGUAUAUUAGGACAAUCAGAAAAUAAAAUUCAUGAUGUGAUACAUUUAUGUAUUAGCAUAAACAUCAACAUUACCGAAAAAAUUCACAGCUUCUAAAUAAUCAGUGGGAAAUUAAAUUAGUAAAUGGUGUUGGAAAUGUAAUGUUUUCCACCUUUCUCCAAUCCUAUGGCUGAAUUUUCUUGGAAAUGAAUAAAAAACAUAAUAAAAGUAGGAUGUACAUGAUUUUGGUAAACAACAAAUCCGAAAACAGUAACAUGUACAACAGAAGAUAAAAUGCACUUCAGGCAUAGGGCUAAAAGCACUAGCAAGGAAAAAGUAAAAAUCUCUGUCUUAAAUUUAUAAAAAUUGGGAAAGUUUUGUUGAAUUAAUUUUGGCAGUUAUUUUUUAAGUGUUUAUCAUUUAUUCCAUAAUUAUGUGAUGACAGUUGUUUGUUAUCUAGGGAAAAUGCUGUAGAUUCACAAAUUUGAACAGAAAUGUUUAUAGAUGCCAUGACAUGGUACAUUUAUUUCCUGGUGGUGUUUUUCAUUAAUGUUAUUUGGGGAAUUUUACCUUGCCAUCCACAGAUUUGUUAUUUUAACAGUGGAGAUCUGUAUUUAUUUAAUAUAUAUUUUGUUUUAAAAAUAUCCAAUAUAAGAGGCUUACUGUAUGAUCAGACAUUCUCUGAAAUUUUGCAGGUUUUUUUGAGAGCAAAAGAGUGUGUUGAAUAGUUCUGGAAAUACAUUCUAUUUUCAAACAAUUUUUAAUUUUUUCUCUAAUUUUUAUUAAGUAUGUGAGAAGUUAUUUUUCACUGAAGCCAAGUGAAUUUAUGGAUAUGUACUUGUCUUCUAUAUGAAUGUAAUAUCCUGCUUUCAGUUCUUCACAGUUUAUUGAAAUUAUUUAACCAGUUAAGAUAUUAUUUGUAUUACUUCCUAAGUCAACUAUGUUUAUCAGAAUCUCACCAGAAUGUGAGAAAAAUAACUGUAAUAUCAAAGCUUUGUGCAAUAUAUUUUUUGAGUUGGAACAUAAUAGUCACAAAAUUAAACCACUUAAAAUGUGCAUGCAACCUUCUUUUUAUUUUAAAGUUCUUUGCUUUUAAAUAGUUUCACUUCUGAGUUGUUUUCUUAAAAAUAUAGUUUCUUUUGCUAUGGAUAAGCAGAUGUAGUAAAAUGGGACUGCCAAAAUAUGGGUGUUUUCCCUCAAUUACACCAAAUUGGAUUCUUUACAAAGGAAAAAAUUUUAAGACACCAAGAGAUAGAAACUGUCUAAGGGGUUUCCCUCCCUCCUUUAUCUUCACCAAAUGCAGUCAGACAACAUCCAGAAUAGUCCACCACUGCUCUCUGCUGUCAAUCUGAAGGAGGAUCAUAUAGAGUCAAUACCCUGAAGCUUUGCCAGUAGUCCACAGCUCAGCUUCUAUAGAGGCAGUUGGAUGCUUUCAGCAAAAUGGGAUAUGGUAGAGAUAUGGUUCUGCUCCAAUUCCUUUUAUUUAUAGACAAGAAAGAGUGAUCCAUGGUCUUAUUUCCCAUCCUAAUUUAUCUUUUCCUUAUUUGUGACAAAGAAAUGGGUUUCUCUUGCUUAUUAUAUAGAGGUACACUUAUCAAAAAAAGAAAAAAGUGGGUAAAGAUGAUAUCUAAACCAAGAUACUUUCUGCAGGUAAAGUACAGAUGUUAGGGAGUUUUGACCAUAGGCAGCCUCUGUAGCCUCUCACCUUAAAGAGAGCCCAUUGGUGUACAUAAUUUAAAAGCACUGGCUGAAUCUAGUUGAUGUUUGUGGAUAAUUUUUUAAAAAGAAAAUCAGACAUCUUUUAGUUACCUCUGGCAUUAUGCCCAAUAUUUCUUUCAGAAAUAAGCAUCUUUAAGGAGAAAAACUCUUUCUCUCUUUAGGAGCCAUAUUGACUGAUGUUAGUGUACAAAGCUGUCUCCCAUUUGUAAGACUUUUAAAAAUAGAACUUGCAUAUUCCUCACAGUGAAUGCAAGAUACUGGAUAAAUAUUUAUAAAAACACAGUUAACUCCAGCUAGAAAGAGGUCUUUCCUACUCAUCUUUCAGCUACCUAGUUUCCUUUUCUCCAAUCUCUGUUUUGGCCUUCCUGGCUUUCACUGUCUCUGCCUUGACAGCAUGGCAUGUUUGGUGAAAAUGGCAGGGUGUUUCACAGGCAUCUAUUUAUUGGCUUUUAACCCCAAAGAACUCCUUCAGUAGUAGGUUAGGGUAUCUGUGCCUUUUCCUCACCAUACUCUUCUAAGAGCUGAUGUUUCCCUUGCAAAAACAUCUAUACCCACGGGCAUUUUCAAGUGCAUAUCACAUGGAUUAAACAGGAAGAAACCCUCAAUCAUCACUGAUUCUAAAGGAAGACAUGCUUUCUGAUAACACAAAGUUCCUCAACAAGUCACCAAUUGGUCUAGGCUACUUUAAGAAAAGUGUGCCCACUGAUUUUUCACUUCACAAAGAAUGGUUCCUAUAUGGAGCACUCACGCAAGCAGGCAGUGGAACAAAUGGAGUACGUAAGUGAACAAAUUCAGUAUGUCUCAGAAAUUGAGAGCAUCAGAGAUAUAUGUUUCCGUGGCAACCAAAGCCUACCGAGAUCUUGCUUAAGAGAAAGAACAUGAUCACUCAGAGUACAUGAUUUUUUUUCAGUUGUCCAGAAUGCAUUAUCAGUACUGCUUUACUUGCUUUAUUAUUUUUUAAGAAUUAUUUAUUUGAAAGAGUUACAGAGACAGGUAGAGCCAGAGAGAAAGAGGUCUUCCAUUCCACUGGUUCACUCCUCAAAUGACCACAAUGGCUAGAGCUGAACUGAUCUGAAGCCAGGAGCCAGGAGCCAGGAGCCUCCUCCGGGCCUCCCACACAGGUGCAGGUGCCCAAGGAGUUGGGCCAUCUUCUAUUGCUUUCCCAGGCCACAGCAGAGAGCUGGAUCAGAAGAGGAGCAGCUGGGACUCGAACUGGCACGGAUACGUGAUGCUGGCACUGCAGGCUGGGGCUUUAACCCACUGCACCAUCACGCCAGCCCUCCAGAGUACACAAUCUUGCAGGUCAUUUAUAAUAAAUAUAAUGUAAGGCUCAA